GGGGACGUCGUUUCUAUGGGAACCAGUGCAACCAGGAAAUGGGCGUUAAGCCAUGUCCAGGUCUGUGAUGAAGCCCCUGAGCGCUGGAGCUUCUCUCCCUGAGCCUCGCUCGCUGCUGCACCGACGCAUCCUGGUGGCCGAGGGACAGGGGGUGGAGCUAGCGAAGAAGCUGGGUGUCUCUGGAGAUGAGCUAGAGGUGGAGUUUAUGGACGGCUCGCAAUCUGAGGCUUUGGUGGCAAGAGUGUAUCGCCUCGAGAAUCUCUUACAUGCAGUGAGGCUGAACGUCUUCCGCAUUGAAACUGCGAGAGAGCUUGCUUCAUCCCAUACAGCACAUCUGCAGGAGCAACUCACGGCUCUUCAGGAGCAGUGUAAGGAGGAGCAGCGUUCCUCACAGAGGGAGGUGAUGCGUCUGAGGGAUCAGCUGCAGCAGGAGCGGGAGGAGGCGCAGAAGGAGGCGCAGACGCUGCGGGAACAGCUGCACGGCUCCUACUGCUCUCAGAUGGACGUUGCUGUAGCAGCAGACGAGCUAAAGAAGGUCAAAGUUCAGCUGAGCCGGAAACUCCAUCAGUUAAAGGAGGAGUUGGUGCAGGAGACAGCGGCCCGUCUGGAGGCUGAGCAAUCCCAAGAUGAUUUGCUGCAGAGAGUGAAGGAGAUGGAAGGGGAGGUAGAGAGAGCGAAAGAACAGGUGAAGCUUCUUCAAACCGAUUGCCACACCCUAAAUGUUGAUGGACAGGAGAUCAGGGCGGAGCUAGAGGAGAAGGCAGAGCUUAUAGAGAGUUUACAGGAAGAGUGUCAGCAGCUGAGGCAGCAGAUAGAGGAGAAGGACAUUCUUGCAUCAGAUCUGAGCGCUGAGUUAAAGAGUGUGAAGAUAACUCUGCAGAAGCAGCAUCAGGAGAACAGCACACUCAUCAGGGGCAAAGAAGAACUGAGAGCAGCUACAGAUAAAGUUCAGUCACUGAAUGAUCAGUUAGAGACUCAGUGCUCUAAUCUGAGUUCAGCUCUUCGCUCUCUCACUGAGGAGAAAGCACAGCUGCUGGCCAAUCUGAAGACAGAGCAGGAGCGCACUGCACAGCUUGUGAAGGAUGUGGACCUGCAGCUAGACACAGCCAAGAGGAACAUGCAGUGUGAAGUGCAGGAGGCUACUGCAGAUAGACACAAAAUAAACAAAGAACUCGAAACGCUGAAAGCGGAUCAUUUCAAACUGCAGCAGAGCUCAGCUGCUGCCUUGGAUGCAGCUGUCAAUCAUCAGGAGCUGCUGGAACGAACCAUCAGGCGUUUGCGGGGGGAGCUGAGCAAGACAAUUAAAGAGGGAGAGACUUUGCAGAAGGAGAGAGAGGAGGUGUGUGCAGAGCUGGAGUGUGUGAGGACAAACUACAAAAGUCUGCAGGAGCAACUCAAACAGGUGCAGGAGGAGUUAAAGGUGAAAGAAUGUCAGAUGUGUGUGCUACGUUCUGAGACAGAAUACGUUCAGCGAGAGAACUUCAGCCUGAAAGAUCAGCUACACAACACACACAUGAAGAACGCUGAGACUCUGCAAACUGAACUGGGAGAGAAGCUAGAAGUGUUGCACACACUCAGGAGACAAAGAGAGACUGAGCUACAUAUGGCAAAACAAGAGAUUAACCAAUUGACCAAGCAAGUCAAUGAACUCAGGAGAGCAAAGCAUCAUGGGAGGAGGUUAGCUCAACGGGAGGUGUGUGAGCUGAAGAAAGAUCUCGAUGAUGUGUUGUCUAGGUCAUGUGACCUUUCUCGAAGCAAUCGGGAACUUCGGGAAAAAGUCUGUGAGCUGGAGAACCACGUGUUCGAUCAGAACGCUCAAAUUAAUGCACAGGCAGUUCAGCUAAAGCAGAGAAACAAGACAGGACUGAACAACUCGGCUAGGUCUCAAUCGCUGGAACAGUUGCGUACUGACGUUGCGUCUCUGCAAGCCGAACUCUUGGAUCUCUCCUCCAGCCAGCAGGAGGAGCUGCAGGCAGAACGACGACUCACACACACAUUCCAGGGGAAAUGUGAGAUGUUGGAGGAGUGUGUAGUGAAGCUGAAACGGGAAAGAUAUGAAGCUGAACGGAAGAUGGACGAGGUCAGCCUCGAGUCCCAGCAGAUCUCUGAGAACCUGCAGGAGGCUCACAGCUGGUUCCAAUCUAAAUUCAACAGCUUGAAAAGUGGAUUGAAACAAAGCCAGGUUCCGCUUCAUAAGGAAACUGGGUACUUCAGGAACGGUGACAGGAAUGAGGCUUCACCCGAGCAGGAUACCUGUGAGAUGGUGGUUUGUGUGGCUGAGCCUGAGCUGGAACGCUGGGCUAGUACACUACAACGCUGGGAGAUGAAGAAAGAGCAGGACCGCACGGCUAAUGGCUGCAAAGCUGCAGCAAGAACACGUUCACUGACAUAACACACACACACAUACUCUAUAAAAAUGUCUCAUCACAGAAACACAAAAAGCUUUAGGAUCUUUUAUUUAUUGAAAACAAACUAUAUGACACUUUUUUGCAGUUGUCUCAUGAUCUUUUCCUCAUCAUUGCGAGAGCUCUUCGUUAGCUAGCUAAAUUUUUAGCCCCAGUCAUUAGCUAUUCUGAAUUAAAAAUGCUUUAAUUAUAAGUGUAUCACGUGUAAGUGUCUCUUUAUCCAGUGACGGAUUGAACACGUUUUGCUUGACACUGAUGUUUAAUCAGUCAGCACAGUUAUUUUGGUUAACACUUGGUUAGCAGCUGCUAGUCAUCCACCCGACUGUGAGGUAACGGUUACUACUGUGUCUAUUUUCGUGUUGUCUUUAAGUAGAGAAUGUGCCUAAACCCUGA